AUGUAUCCUAAUGGAUCUGUUGUGUCAUUGGUGCUGACUCUGCACUCAUUGGAACUGUCGGGGCCAAGCAUUUACUCAGCAUUCAUAUUUGGAUUACUGGCAUAUUUAAUAAUUUUACUCUGCAAUUUAACAAUUGCUUUUACUAUUUGCUUCAACAGAAAUCUUCAUAAACCAAUGUACAUUUUAUUGCUUAACAUGCCUAUCAAUGACACGAUGGGUGCUACGAGUCUUUUCCCUCAGCUGCUGUAUAGUAUAUGGUGUGAGAACAGACUGAUUUCCUACUCUGCGUGUUUUCUUCAAGGCUUUAUUGUGCACCUGUAUGGUGGUGCAUCUCAUGUUAUUCUUACAGCUAUGGCCUACGACAGGUAUAUUGCCAUCUGCUCCCCAUUGAGAUACGGUGCCAUUAUGACAAAUAAUAACUUGUUGAGAAUUAUAACUGGAAUGUGGUUCCUUCAUUUUAUUAUGAUAUUUGUGCUUUUCUUGCUUCUUUUGCCCUACAAGAUUUGUCGGACUUAUAUGGAUGAUCUUAUCUGCUACAAUCCAUCCAUAAUGAAAAUUGUAUGCGAGGACACACGAGUAAACAACAUCUACGGAAUGUGCAUUUUAAGUUUCUAUCACAUUGUUUCACUUUCUGUUGUGGCAUUUACAUACAUUCAUAUAUUAAUUACGUGCGUUUCAAAGAAGCAGUCUGACGCAAAGAUGAAGGCCGUUCAAACAUGUGGUACUCACUUGGUGGUCUUUCUGUUUUUGGAAUUUAACACUUUUUUUCCUCUCAUUGCACAUCGAUCUGAAAACGUCCCGGCAUACCUGCGCAGGGUCUUUUCUAUUUCUGUUCUGGUGUUUCCUCCCAUUGUAAAUCCACUCAUUUAUGGUUUCAAAACUAAAGAAAUUAGACAGAAAAUUGUCACCUGUUUUAAGAGAAAGAUGGGCAGUGUAUGA